GUUUCCUCUAAUAAAUAUGGCCAUCUCUUAUACCAUGCUUCUUCACAUCCAAAAAUUUCCAAGAAAUCAUCAAAACAUUGUUCUAAUAAACUCAUAUCAUAUAUUUUCUUUGGCAUAAUAUCACUUUGAUAACUAUAUGGCUCUCUCUUUUGCCAACGUUAAGCUAUUUUCCGAUCGAUUCUCUCUUCUUGUAACCAGGUUUUCAUAUUGUAGGAAGGGAUAUGCGAUGGCAGUGUCAGGCGGAGGAACAAGAGGAGGAAGUGAGUUGAGCAACAUGAUGAUGAUGAAGUUGAAAGGAGGAGAUGAAGAUCAAUCACCACCCAAAUCACCAUGGGUACCUCACCCCGUCACCGGUUAUUAUCGACCAGAAAAUCAAGCAGAUCUGAUUGACCCCGUUGAGCUCCGGGAAAUGCUUUUGAAGAACAAGUUUAGAGGACGCUAACAAAUUUUAUUUAUCUAAAAAAAAAAUUACUUAAGUUACUUUGUAAUACUUAGAACAACAAGGUCAAAUUUUAGCUAAAAAUACAAUUUUAAUACUUAUCAUA